AUGCCAGCAAACAGCAGCACUGGCUUCCAUCCAAAAGAAUUUAUACUUACUGGAUUUCCUGGGAUUGAAGACAAGCAGCAUUGGCUCUCAAUUCCUUUCUUCAUUAUGUACACCAUGGCUGUAGCUGGGAAUGCUACCACAAUUUUAAUCAUCAAGACAGAACAAAGCCUCCAUGAACCGAUGUAUUUGUUUAUCUGUAUGCUAGCUACUAUAGAUGUUACUUUAGCAAUUACCAUUCUAAGUAAAUUACUGGCAAUAUUAUGGUUUGAUGCCAAGACUAUAACAUUUGAAGCCUGUAUUAUACAAAUGUUUAUAAUACACUUCUUCACUGCAAUGGCUGCUUCUCUAUUAGUUGUAAUGGCAUUUGACAGAUAUUUAGCAGUGUGCAAUCCAUUAAGAUAUCCAGAUAUUGUAACAAAUAAAUUUGUUUCUAUAGUGUUUGUGAUAGUAAUAGCAAGAAGUUUAGGUUUAAUAUUACCUUUGCCAGUGUUUGCCAUUGAAUUUCCAUAUUGUGUAACCAACAUUAUCCCUCAUUGCUACUGUGGGGUGUCUGAUCUUAUUAAUAUGGCAUGUGGAAAUGUUGAUGUACCUUUAUUUUAUGUAAAAUGCUUGUUUAUUUUAAUGACUAUGCCAGACAUGGUAUCAAUUGCCAUAUUAUCAUUUGUAUUGAACAAUGUUCAUCUUUAUAUUAAUGUCAUGGCAGCAGUCUUAUAUAUAGUAUUUCCUGCUACUUUGAACCCAUUCAUAUACUGCAUAAGAAUUAAAAGGAUUCGUGAAAAGAUAAAAAGGGAAGGGCUUCAGGAAGAGAGUCUCCUAAAUCUGCUAGCUAAAGUUAUUUCAUUUGGACUAAUCAUUUGUACUCUGUUACAUGUAGAAAAAUGGGGAAAACGGUUGAUGAUUAUUUUUCUGAGGAUGACUGUUCAGAAAACUGCUGGCCCGUUCUGA